AUGUCGACGCUAUACGCUGCCGUGUGGUUUCCCAACGCUGUUGGGAUAGCCACUUCUGUCGCUGCCAGUUCUUUCGGAGGAGGAAGCCUAGUCAUGAAUGUGUUAAUUACGAUGUUUGUCAAUCCAAAUAAUAAAACUCCUGACAUCUUAUUGGGAACAGGCAAGUACUUCUCUGACGAGGAUAUCGUGUCAAAAGUACCCAGUGUGUUCCUGUUGCUGGCCGCGGUGUCUCUAGGAUGCCAUAUAAUCGCUUUCUUCUUUCUCAGAGAUCAUCCGGAUUUUGCUCUGCUCCGCAGUCAAAAGAAACUCAAAGAUUGUCACAAACCCCAGAUAGAUGAAUCUGCCCAGAAUACCUGUAAAGACAAUGAAUAUCAAGAGGAAGACUUCAAAGAGAGCUGCUCUGGUCCUUCUUCUAGUCCCAAGUAUGGUGCAACAAGAGACAAAGCGAAGUUACACGACUUAUCAAAGGAGCGACAAAAUUCCAAAAUAUCUUUCCAGGAUUACACUCCCUUUGAAGUGCUGAACACACAAUGCUUCUAUCAACUAGCUGUUACUGCAAUGUUUCUGAUGUACGGAUUUCAAGUGGAGAUAAAUUAUUACAAACAAUUUGGACUUCUAUAUAUAGACGAUGACUACUUUUUGACCAUUGUUGGGACUUGCAUCAACAUUACAGUGCUUAUCACAAGGAUAGUGUGGGGGUUCGCAGUUGACUUCACCGACUCCAAGACAUCUUUGGCAAGCAUAACGUGCCUACACGUGCUUGCAUCCUUGUUCUGGUAUUUCACACCCAUGGUCAACCGUUGGCUCUACCUGGCCUGGACAUUGCUAGUUCAAGGGAUUCAAAGUGGUGUCUUGGUGGUUUUGCCAGUUAUGACUCUUCAACAUUUUGGCCGAACCCACUACGUUAGUAACUAUGGUUUGGUCUUCGGGAGUGGAGUUUUACUCAACUUAAUCGCCCCCUUGUUUGUCUCAAUAAUCAUACGAGAACUUGGUUAUUUCUGGCUCUUUUUUACCAUUGCCUUCACAAGUACGAUUGGUCUUGCCCUGACUUUACGUCUUCCGUCGACAAAAAGAUGA